AUGCAAUUUUCAGUCUUUAUAACGUACGGUCUCUACAUAGUUUCUGGAUUGGCUACUUCCAGCCCAGUACAGAAGCGGGACAUUAUCGACGAUCUGCAGAGCCAGGCUAUAGCUGCGCUACAGAAUGCUAUAGAUAAUGGACUGUUCAAGGAAUCUUGCUCCAUCUUUAAUGCAAAAGUUCGAAAGGAAUGGUCCACCCUCUCUCCAGAAGAGAAAAAGUCAUACACAUCCGCUGUGAACUGCUUAAUGGCAUUACCAUCGAAACUCGAUUCAAGCAUUGUCCCUGGCGCCAAAAGUCGAUAUGAUGAUUUUGUCGCGCAGCACAUUAACCAAACCUUGACGAUUCACGGUACUGGCUCUUUCCUGAGUUGGCACAGAUACUUUGUGUGGAGUUAUGAGACCGCACUUCGGGAUGAGUGCGGCUACACGGGUUACCAGCCCUAUUGGAAUUGGUUCUCCUUUCAAGAUGACCUAACAGCAUCACCCGUAUUCGACGGCAGUGCCACGAGUAUGAGCGGCGAUGGGUCCUUUGUCAGCCACAAUGGCAGCGUCGGCGGUGCUGGCACAAUCUAUCUGCCAUCUGGUAACGGCGGUGGCUGUCUCAAGAGCGGUCCAUUCCAAAACAUGGUUGCCAACUUGGGCCCUAUUUCUCCGACCAUGGCGGGUCAGGCAAAGGUAAACUCGAGUUUUGCCUACAAUCCGCGCUGUUUGAAGCGUGACCUCGGCACCUAUACAGCAUCGACCUGGCUCACUACAACUAAUCUCCUUAAUCUCACCUUGGGUAAUGCCGCCUCGAAUAUUGAAACAUUCCAGAAUGAGCUCCAAGGUCGCUUUCCGCAGGGUUUUCUAGGACUACAUGCUGCCGGGCAUUUCAGUAUUGGUGGUGAUGCAAGCGAUCUUUUCUCGUCACCCGUUGACCCGGUCUUCUGGCUCCAUCAUGCCAUGCUGGAUCGUAUUUGGUGGCUAUGGCAAGCUCUUCAUCUUGAUCAGGCAGACACCAUAGCUGGAACUAUAACGCUCUUUAAUAAUCCACCAAGCCGCAAUACAACAUUGGAUGAUACUAUUUACAUGGGCGAAUCAAACGCACCGACGCGGCCAAUCAAGGAUUUGUUGGACUCGCUCGGGGACUCGCCGUUUUGUUAUAUUAAUUUGUAA